AUGAGUAGUACGACGCCAAAAUGGGUUACCUAUACUUUAGUCAAUUCGAUCCUGUGUAUAACUGGUGGUUUGAUGGUCCCAGUUAUUUCAAUUUUAUUUAGAACAAAGAAAAAUAUCAAUACAAAGUUAAUUAAUUAUGGGCUAUCUCUUAGUGCAGGGUCAAUGAUUACAACUUCUCUGUAUAAAAUGUUGCCUCGAAUGGAUGGUAAUAAUAAUAUUCCUGUUUUUGUUGCGGUAAGUUUGGGUAUAUUUAUAAGUUUUUCCGUGAACUACUUGGUACAUUCAUAUGCAAGCGAGUCCUUGCUUCACUGCGCUCAUGAAAAUAAUGACCAAGAUCAUGUGGAUGAAGGUGAUCAUAGCCAUAGCCAUGAUCACCUUCAUGACAACACUUCUCCUGAAAAUAGGGAUGAUUCCACUAAGGACAACAGAGGACAGUACAGUCAGGCACCAGCCGAUAAUAUCUACACUGAUAUAUCUGAAGUUAAUGACAUGUCUAAUAAUGAUCAAUCAACAGAUGCGGAAUCUUCCCCGUUAUUAUCUAAUAAUACAAGAAGAACAAAUACAUCAGCAACGAUUACGAAAUUGUUUACGAAAAAUGGUGCGACUACAAAUAGUGAAGAAUGUGUUCCAAUAAUAAAAACGAAAAGCUUUAGUUGUUACAAUGGCUCUCAAGCCGAAGGUAUUGUUUCAAAGCAUAUACAAAGGUCUACUUCCUUGAGUUUUCACCUUACAAAUGGAUCCGAGUUCAAUUCUGAAAAUAGAUUAGAAGCGGGAAAACUACAUAGCAAAAGAAUCGGAUUAUCUUGUUUGGAAAAUGAUGUCGGUUAUGAUUUAGAGAAUCUUCCAACUUAUCGUCAUAACUUCUUGAAAAAGAAAGCUUCUUAUGAAGGAGUAAUUGUGGGAUCAAACAUGCAACCUCAAUCUCAUUCCUACGCAACGCAAUCCGAAUCAGCAACAUCAGGUCAGCAUUCUUCAACUUCAGUUUACUCUGCAAAAACUCAUAAAUCGCAUCUAAAGGAUCAUCAUCAUAAAUUAGAGACACCUUUUUCAAAGCUAUUAUCAAUUGGCCUACAAACAUGUUUAGUGCUGACGAUACAUAAACUACCUGAAGGUUUCAUAAUAUACUACACUAACAGAAGUAAUGAAUCAUCCGAACUUGGCCUUUCAAUAUUUAUAAGUUUAGCCAUUCACAAUUUUGUUGAAGGCUUUGCUAUGACCUUACCAUUUUAUGCAGCUUUAGAAUCUAAAGGAAUUCCGAUUUUGAUUACUGCAGUAUUAGGUGGUGGUUCUCAGCCUAUUGGUGCCCUCAUUGGAUACCUCUUUUUUAGAAAUAAAGAGGGCUCAGAUUUAGAUGGCUCGAUUAGUAUGGAUUUCUUCUUAAGUUUGACUGCUGGGUUUUUAUUGGUGAUAGCACUGCAAAUGUUCCAAACUGGUGUUGGUUUCAGUGAUAAUCAUCAUCACCAUGGUGAUGAUGACGAUUCUGAAACAAUAGAAGAACACAGUCUUGGUACGACGUGUCUGAAAUGGUCUUGUUUCGGAGUACUAUUGAUUCUCGCAAGUGGUAUAUUUGUUUGA